AUGAUCAAACAACAACACAACAAAGGAAUUGAAUCCUCAUUCUUCAUUUGCAAGGUCCAAUUAUCCACAAAAGAAGAUUUACGCAAAUUUGUGAACGUGGACAAUGGUUUCAAAACCAAAGAUGGACGAGUGGUUGUUAAACAAUUUAUCUCAUCCAUCGACAACAUUAGUGCAAAGAUAGCCAAGAGCAAUGAGAAAUUUCCUUCAUCUCUUGUAACUAUUCCUAAUUGGAAGAUAAUUGAAACAGUAACGACAAAAUCAACAAUUUCAGAUGACAAACGUCAAACAAACAUUGAGCAAACCAAACCUCAAACCAAGAAUCCAGACCGUAUUCAACUCCUCGAAAAUCGACUCUCCCAAAUGGAACGCACAUUGGAAUGUAGAUUUUCUCGAAUCGAUCAAGCACUACAAGUUCUCACCAAUUAUCUUGUAGUGCUUGAUCUAUUACAUUUAAACCAAACAGUUCCCUCUCAGAAUGUCAAUAGAUUCAGUCACUCCUCAAUUAGAAUUCCAACCAACGGAUUCGGUGUGCCUGUACCUCAAUAA